GGCCGCCACCCUCCCCCAUUUUUCCCUUGGUUGGGCGUCCCCUCUUCUCCCAUGGCAGCCGCCCACCAUUUCUUCCUCCUCCAUAGAUCUUCCCCUCCCUCACGCAGCAAGGAUCGAGAAGAGGAGGAGCAAGAUGGAUUGAAGAGGAAGAGAGGAUCAAGGAGAUGUUCUACCCCCCCCCCCAUCUAUUGUAGAUUUUCUUGGGGAAACUCUAGGUGGCUACACUCCAGAUCAUGCCUAGUACAUUUCUUCUUCUUCGAUGAAGAUGACAAUAACCUCACCCCUCCCUAUUCCUUUACGGUUAUGUGGUGGCUACACUCCAGAUCAUGCCUAGUACAUUUCUUCUUCUUCGAUGAAGCAUUUCAGGAUGUUUGGGGAUCCUGGGGUGUUACAUUCUUCUCCAACCUCCAGGCGUUGGUCGAUGAGAUGUCUAGUCGGCUGAAGUUGCAAGGUGCCUCUGUCCCAGAAGGAGCUUUGUCCCUGGCGCGUUGGAACCCAGUGCUGCUUCAGCGGCGUGUAUCUGAUUUAGAGGCGGCAAAUGUCGAUAUUGCUCGGCGGUACUCUGAUCUUGAAGAAAAACAUUCUCAAGGUCAAGCUGAACUGGCCCGGCGGUGCUCUGACCUUGAAGAAAAGUAUUCUCAAGGUCAGACUGAACUGGCCCGGGUUUCUGCUUCUCUGAAUGAUGCUAACACGCUGAACUCUACUCUCCGCGCUCAGCUCGACUCUGAAAAGGAAGAAAAACGUGCCCUCGUUACUUCUCGUGACAAUCUUGACAGGCUAUACCGUGACUCCAGCAACUCGUUGACCAUCUUGGAGAGGAGUCAUCGCUUCACCAGGGAGGAGUUAGACAAUCAUCGUUAUAAGCUGCAAGAAUCCUUGGAUGAUGAGAUUCGCCUCAGGCAGUUGGUGUCGACCAAAGAUGAUGUCAUCAAGGAUCUGCGUGCUUCCAAGAAAUCCGUCGCUCAGGAGCUAGAAAACGCUCGGUUGGCUGUCAAGGUUGCUGAAGAAACUUCUGCUACCCUGAGGGCCCAGCGCGAUAAAGCUAUGGAUAAAACUAUUCACGCGGGACGGAUCUUGAUGAGGAGACCUGGCGUGGUUGUUCCUGAUGACAUAGUGGCUGACGUGAAUGUUGCUCCUGAUUCCUCAAGUCGCCCCUCUUCGUCGGUUGCUCCUGAGAAAAACAUUGCCAAAUAGAAAAACAUUGCAUGCUCUGAACGCAUGGUUAAUGUGCUUGGAUGUUUUGUUAGAGGACACUUUUUAGUACUGAAUGCUACUAUUGCUUUUCC